AUGGCAUUAUUCCAAUGGACACUGGCACAACUGUACGAGAAGUGGGUCGCUGGCAUUGCCGAGAUCCACGACUAUGUACAACAGAGUCCGAGUAUACUCAUCACAGACCUAAGUCAGAUUAGCGCGAACAGGCGGAAAAUUCUCAUGGGUAUUGUUGGGGCUCUCUGUCUGAUCGCUUGCAUCGGUAACCUGAGUACUCUGUAUGUGAAUUCCCGACGUAAGCUGCGUCCACUCUUUCGAUUUUGUCUGAUAUCGUUGGCAUGCAGUGAUCUGUUAUCGGCGCUCUUCUCAUCCGUGGCAUACAUGGCGCAGUUCACUGCCCAGUACCUGGAAGUGUGGACUUUGGGUCAUGUGAUGUGCAAAUUUAUGCCUUUUGCUACAACCGCUGCCAUUUUGGCAAGCAGCCUAACAUUGGUGGCCAUUGCGCUGGAUCGCUACAUGGUCAUCCUGCGUGCAAUGCAGAAUCUGUGUCAACGCUUGAGCUUCUGUGCCGCCUCCAUGGCUGCCAUUUGGUUGACCUCCAUUGGUACUGCAGUACCGCUCGCUAGGAUUUAUGCACUGGAGGAGGUCCAGGUGCAGCAGUUGGAUAAUAACUCCUCGAAAAAGUGGGACCAGAAGGAUCAGGAGCUUAGUGUAUUGGAAACGGUUAACAUGUGCUUAUCAGAAGAUCACGAUGUCGGACUCUAUUACGUCAUAUUGUUCGGCAUCAUAUUCUUGCCCUGCAUUGUGGGCUUUAUCUGGCUGAAUGCGAUAAUAGCGCGUCAGCUGUGGCUGCGACGACAUCAGCAGCAGCGGAUACAACAGGAUCAGCAGCAUCAACAUCUCAAAUGCCGAAUGCACAAGGCGCCCUUGGAUAUGUCGCCUGGCUUACUGAUGGGUCUCCUUCUGCCCUGUACCAUGAUGACUGCACUAAGUGUAGCCUUGCCUGUCGAUGUGACCACGUUGCCCAGCACAUGGGCUACUAAAGCCACACCCCCUACACAGACACCGGCAGCGGCUGCGCGGGAGUCACGUCAUCGCCAGAUGGUGCUUGUCGUGGUCCUUAUGAUGGCGGUGUUUAUUUGCUUGCGCCUGCCCGCUUGGAUAUUUUUGAUAAUGCGUCUCUACGGCUCCUUUUCCACGCCCGUGGAUUGGUUGCUGUACUUCAGCUUCGGCGUCCUUAACCUGACUAGCUGCGCGUUGAAUCCCCUCUUCUAUACCUAUCUGUUACAGACCAUUCGCUAUAUGUCGCUACUGAAGGAGAAGCUGGGGUACAUAUUUUGCUGUCGCUGCUGGAAGCAACUUCCACCAGUUGACGACCAGCAGGCAACGAGGAGCAGCAACUGCUGUGGAGUGCUCCAGUUCACGUGGCACUGUCAGCGACGAGAUGAGCCUACAUUGGAAACAGGAGCUAGCAAUUUAGGUCCACCACAUCAACUGUAUGAUUAUGAGCGGAACGAGAGACCCCGGGUCACGUCGUUUGAAUCUGCCACAUAG